AUGUUCAUCGAGCUCUACUUCGCCAUGCGCAGCGUCUGGAUGGGCGUCUUCUACUACCUCUUCUUCUUCGUCCUCGCGGUCGGGCUGCUCACCAUCAUCAUCAACAUAGAGAUCUCGAUCCUCUGCACCUACGUCCAGCUCUGCGCCGAGGACUACCUCUGGUGGUGGCGCUCCUUCCACAGGGGCGGCAGCGUCGCGCUGUACGUCGGCCUCUACUCCUGCUGGUUCCUGGCCGUGCAGCUGCGGGACGUGCACGGGUUCCUGCCCGUGCUCGUGUACUCCGCCUACAUGAGCAUCGUGGGCGUGGGCAUCUACUUUGCGAUGGGGGUUGUCGGGUUCCUGGCCAGCGGUGCGUUUGUGUACGCCAUCAUGCGCGCCGUCAAAGCGGAGUGA